UGUUUGGAAGCAUCACUAAAGAAGAAAUCUUUGUUCUCUUCUCUCUCUCUAGUAUUUAUCCCCCUAUUUAAUUUCUCCAUCUUCCUUAUGAUCAAUACCCAAAGCUCCAUCAAACUUCUAUAUAAUUACGGGUGAAAAUAAGUAAGAAAUAAAACAAAAAACCUUUUUUCUUCAUUUGUUCAACUGGAAAUGGUGUUUGGUUGGAGAAAAGCGUUUUGCACUUCCGUUUCAAGUAAUCAACAACAAUCAUCAUCAUCAUCACACAUUCUUCAGACUGAUCCACCAAUUCCUACACCAAGACUCCGAUCAAAGUUCGGCUUUUUCUCAAACCCAUCAACUCCCCGUCUCCGAUCUCGUGGCGGCCGCGGAGGUAGUGGAAUCGGAUGCCGCUCCGCCGCUUCAACCGCAGCAGCGAACCCAUCUCUUCCCACUAGUCCCAAACUCCAUUGCAGGACCACAAGCAAUGCAACUCCGAGGACCAGUAACAGCUCCACUCCUAAGCUUCUCUCUAACCCUUCUUCCCCUAAAUCAUCUUCCUCUUCCUCCUCACACGGCGGCGUUUCUCUCCUCCGUGCCACACUACUUCUCAAUAAGAGUAAUAAUAGCAGAUGUGGAAUUUGCCUUCAGAGAUUGAACUCCGGUCAAAUCAAUUCGACGGCGACUUUCACGGCGGAGUGUUCACAUUCGUUUCACCUCUCCUGCGCCGCUAAAUUAGACGAAAAGCGCUGUCCUUUCUGUUCCGCCGCGUGGAACCACCCCCCGAGAUCGGAUCCUCCGUCUGCGAAUUUCGGAUCCGACCCGUGGAUCCGUCCCGAGAUCCGAGAAAUCAAGACGGGGAAGUCGCUGAGAGUGUACAACGACGACGAGCCGUUAGCUUAUUCGCCUGUGUCUCUCGCUCAUUUCAACAGUAUACCCGAAUCAGACGAAAACGACGACGACGAUCAGUUCCCCGGAUUCUUCUCCGAUUCUUCGACUACUCCGUCAUUACCCGGUUCAAUUCCUCCGAUCUCCGGCAACCUUGAGGUUAAAUUCCUACCGGAAUCCGCCGCCGUGGAAACCGGGAAAAGGAUGGAGACGCGCGUCGUCACGAUGAAACUGAAAGCCUCUUCGCCGUCGUCGACGACUACGGAAGCGGCUAGAGCUAGCAGGCCGUCGAUUGAUCUGGUGACGGUUCUCGAUUUGAACAGCGGCGGAGCGGAUUUGCGAACGGUUAAGCACGCGCUGAGGCUGGUGAUCUCUCUGCUCCGAGAGACGGAUCGGCUUUCGAUCGUCGCGUUCUCGUCGGCGGGAUCGAAACGGUUGAUGCCGUUACGGCGGAUGACGGACAAAGGACGGCGAUCGGCGCGGCGAAUCGUCGACGCGCUCGUCGGGAUCGAAACCACCGGCGGCGGGGGGAUGAGCGUCAGCGACGCGUUGAAGAAAGCGGUGAAAGUCGUUGAAGAUCGGCGGGAGAGGAAUCCGUCGGCGAGCAUCUUGGUUUUAUCCGACGGUCAGGAUCAGGCGGUUACGAAAGCUAAACUGAACUCCGCGCGCGCGCCGUUCGUCGUUUCCACGACGCGCUUCUCUCGUCUGGAAAUCCCGGUUCACUCCGUUUGGAUUGCUUCUCAGAGCGCGUUGCAUCACGCGCCGCUUCGAGACGCGUUCACGGAGCGAAUCGCUUCUUUGCUAUACGUGGUUCUCCAUGACGUCAAGCUCAAUCUCGGUUUAGUCUCCGGUUCUCCGUUGGCUGAGAUUUCAGCGGUUUACUCAUUAACGGGUCGCUCCGAUAAUUUCGGAUCCGGUUCGGCUGUGAUCGUCGGCGAUCUGUUCGCGGAGGAGGAGAGAGAGUAUCUCGUUGAGUUCAAAGUACCUACUUCGUCUAGCGGGUCCCACCAUGUAAUGUCCGUACGUUCUUCGGUCGUUGACCCCGCAACGCUUCAACCAUUUCCUUGUCCGAAAGAAAAGCGGUUUCUGAUCCCGCGGCCACAGACCGUCCGAUUCGAAUCUUCGAGCAUCGAACGGUUGAGGAGUGCACACUUGGUGUGUCGCGCUGUAGCUGGUUCACGCAAGCUGAUUGAGCGUGAUGAUAUUGCUGGAGCAUAUCAGCUUCUAACGACGGCUCGGUCAAACGCUUCUGAUGAUAGCUUAAUGAGCUUGAACGCUGAGUUAGCCGAGCUAAGCCGAUUGAAACCGAGAAACGGUUUAGCAAACCGAACCGAAGAGAAACCUGAGCAACUUACUCCAACUUCGGCUUGGAAAGCGGCUGAGAAAUUGGCGAAAGUUGCUAUCAUGAGGAAGCAUUUAAACCGAGUCAGCGACAUGCAUGGCUUGGAAAACGCCAGAUUUUAAGUUUUUUUUUCUUUUUAAAAAUCUUAGCUAUUUUUUGAAGAUAUGGUAUAUAAUUAUUUCAGAAAUUAAUAAUUUAGUAAGUAAGAUAUAAUAAUAAGUAUAAAAUGAUAGGAGUAUGAUUUUUGGAAGGGGACCCUAUGUGCAUGAUUGCGACAAGCAGUAGCCGACGGGAGUGACCUUUUUUUGUAAUGCAGAGAUUGGUACUGGAGAAUUAAUUGGUCUUUUUAGCUUUUUAUUAUCUUCCUUUUUGUAAUUUUCACAUCCAAAAUUCUGACUGAAAAAGUGAAAAUAAAUAAAUGAUGUAUGCUUUUUUCUUUUUUAAUAAAACUAUAAAAUGCAGAA